AUGAGCGUCGGGAAGGUCCUGUUCGUCGUCGUCCUCGCAGGAUUUGCUGGACUCAUCCUCGGAUCUUUGGAGAGCGCUGAUGCUUCACAAUCCGUCCAGGGUGAAGCGGGAGCUUCCAAGAGGCUCCUCCAGAACUGGGAGGCAGUCCGGCCGUCCUCAUCCCGCCGCCUGCUGACUGACAGCGGCGUCACAAUCGUGAUCAAGAAAGAUCCGCCCACUCCCAGUCCACCACCACCAUCAGUGAUAAUUAUCAAGAAAUCCAGCAACGAUUCUUCAAGCUCUGACUCGAAGGUUGUGAAGAUUGUGAAGUCAGCUCCAUCGCCGCCGCCUCCCUCCAAGCACCUCUUCUCCAAGUCCCUGCUUGAAAAGGAGCGAAGCGUUCGCCAGCCAACAGGGCGCCGCCUGCAAAACUGGGUAGCUUCCAAUGGCCACCCAGCGCGUGCCCUGCACAGUGACUUCCCUUUCUUUGUGAAGAAGGAGAGCUCCCCACCACCUGACACCGUCGUCGUGAAGAAGGAGAGCCCCCCUCCCAAGGCCAAGAAGAUCAUCAAGGUCGUGGCUCCUUCCCCGCCGCCGCCGUCCAAGAAGGUUAUCCUUGUCAAGAAGGGGUGA